AUGGCCACCAAUGCGCGGGCCCAAAAGGCCGUCGGUUCGUCCGCUUGGAUCGCAAAAGAAAAGGAAAAUAUGAUGGAAUUGGUUGAUCAAGAGAUGGAGGAGGUGGAAUAUCCUGUCCGUCAUGAAAUGGACUGGCUGAACGAACACAUGAACGAGAUCUUCUCGAAAGGCCAGGCCCACUUUACGGACGUUUUCAAGACCCCUGGAAAAAUGAGGGGCAAGACCCCUCGAACUGCUCGAAAGCGUAACGUUGAGGAAAACCGAGUGCCAUUGAGUGAGAUCUUCUCCUCGGCACAUAAACCAGGGGAGAACAGGGCCAGUCACAGCCCAUUCAUUCACCGUAUAGUCUCUAAAUCAACUGCGCCGACUGCAUCGGCUACUCGUCCCAAUGAUGCAGAAAAACCAUCGCAGCCACAGUAUCCAGAUCUGAGCCAAAACUUGAAUUCCUUCCAGAAAUACAAUACCGACUCGGGCUAUCAUGGGAUGGAGUAUGACAAUGAUACAAUCAUGUCUGAUCCACUGCAAGAAACAGACACACAAGGGUCCACACAGCCAUUUGAGGUGCAUGAGCCUGUGGAGGAGCAUGUCGAAGAGCAUGUGGAAGAGCCUGUGAAAAGGAGCCCCCAAGUCGAUCUCUCGGUCGACCAGCACACGGUAGAAGAAUCAUUCCACUCCGCCGAGGAGAACCUACGCGCCCGUGGACAGACUGUUGAGCCAAUGAACAUGGUGCCAACUGAUAUACAUGAGCAAUCACCCCGCCCUGUCGUGGAAACCAAGGAAUCAGAAGCGAUAAUGAGCCCAACACCUGCGACCAUGACAGAUCCUACUCCCAGAAAGGCCAGUGCCACUCCACCUAAAGAGCGAGACCAUUCACCAGCGCCAACACCAAAGGCUGAGAGACAACUAUCAAAUCAUAAAUCAUCCCCCGAAAAGACACCAGCCCCCCGCUCUCCAGGACAAGAAUCCCAAGAUUAUGAUAUGCACCUGGAAAAUACUGCAAAGAGAUACUCCAUUAUUGAUAAUUUCGACAACAUUGGCUCUCCCUCGGACAAUUCCACCCCCGAAAGACCCCUCGUUCGAAAGAGCAGCCUAAGUUUCGCUUCCCUGCCCGCACGAGAGCCUCUCGCCAAGAGCCUAGGAGGUUCCCGGCUCUCUCGUACCAGUCAUAUUGACCUACCGAAGCUCAGUAAUGGCAGUCGUGCCAGCUACUUACAGAGAGUAAUACAACCCUCGACCGAGGCAAUAGACGUCGAUGAUGAAAAGGCUAGCAAGAGGCACAACACAAAAUCAACCCAGAGUCUUCAUGAGAGGAUCAGUAUGCUCGGCAAGCAGCAACCGACUCGACCCAGGAAGUCAAUUCCUACUAUCGCAAACUUGUCCUCUGGAGGUCACAUUGUCUAUCCAGAGCUACCCUCCGCCAAAACGGAAGCACGGCCUGAGCACCCCAGUCAGAAGGCUCGCGAGGCCCCCGAUCCCGAACCAACGGCAGCCGGUGAAGACGACUGGAUCAAGCCGCUAAGCUCACCACCGCAACGGGUUCAAACCAAGAGCAAGACUCCAGACGUUGUAGACAGGCUUUUUGAUACUGAGAGAUAUCAGCCAACUAUCAAGAAGGAGACUUACACUGCCCAGCCAGAGCGUCCCAGAUCAGCAGCCUCGUUAUUCGCUUCGCCUCGCCCUAAGGGUCAUCAGUCAAGCGCUUCAGUCUCUCAUAUUCCUUCACUUACUACCACUCCUACUGGAUCACCUCGACGCUUUGAGGGGCCUCUGAGUGCUUCCAAAUUGAGGUUGCAGUCUAUCAUGAAGACCGCGAAAGGAUUGUUCACGAGCACCGGUAGCCCUAUUCGGUUUGAGAGCACCUCUCCUGAGCAAACUCGGUCUUAUCCCCAGAAAUCAAAGGCCAAUGUUGAUGACAAUGAUGACGACAAUCUGGAAGCCCGGCCCCAUAGUCCUCCCCGACAGGAAACCCGCCGUACACGAAGUUCCACAGAAAAGGAAGAGAAACGGCGUCAGAAGGAGCUCGAAGAUCGUCAGCAGGAGGAUGAAGCACGCCAAGAGGAGGAACGUGAGCAGGAAAAACAGCGACUGCUUCAAUUGAAGGCUGCUCAGGACAAAUCUUCGAUCGAACCAGAAGAGCGACCAGUCACAGCAACACAAAAACCAACACACCUCCGACAACCUUCACGCGAGCCAGAGCACCAAGGAUCGAGGCUUGUUCUUCCCCAAAAGCACAAUGACCGACGCCCGAAGCCAAUACGUGAGCUUUUGCAAAAGCCGCAACCGCAGCCCGUCUCAAUCCGAGUCGGAAGCACUCUCUCUCGUCAGAUUGCUAUGCCCUCUUCUAUGUCUUCGAGUGUUCAAGAGAGCAGUGUUGCACCCCCUGUGUCGAAAGCGCCAACACUGAAAAAGAAGGGCAGCAAUAACUCUCUGUACGCGUCCUCCAACAGCUUGAAAAGCUCUGUUUCUGGCCAAACGCAAGCGCAGCGCAAACCUCAACUUGCUCACGAGCGAAAGAAAGAGCAGGAAGAACGGGAGGCACGCCGACGGGAAGAACAAAAACGAGAACAUGAGCGUAAGCGAGCUGCUAUGCAACAGCAGGAAGAGGUCCGCCGUCAAGAGAUGCGAAGCCGGUCUGAGGCAGAGCGAGAACGAAAAGAGCGCUCUGCCCAGGAAGAUUCUAAGAAAGCUGCCCACAUGCAAGCUAUUGAAAAGCGGCGUCUGGAAAAUGCUCGAAGACACGAGAGACAAGGCAGCCAACCCAUCAAUGAUGCUCCAAUGCUACAACAUGAGAAGACUGCCUCGCAGUCUUCCCAGCGAAAUGACUUGGGGGCAAACCGGCCAGCUUCACGCCUAGGCCUUCUCCAAUCUCACGGUCGAUCGAUCAACCCUCCCGCACCCAAUCCUGCCAAACCGCUCAAGAGACCUGUCACGGAAGAAGAUGCAGGUACCGCUGGUGGACAUUCGGCGGACGAUUCCAAGCGACGCAAGACUGAAGAUGAACACAACACCCGACAAGCUGUUCGGCCAGCAAUGAAGCCGCCUAUCCGCAAGCCAAGCAUUCGCAACCCCUCUUUAUUCGGCCAGUCUUCCGUAUCUGGAUCUUCAAUCUUUAAGCCCGGUGGUGGUCAGCCUCAGCGACCUCCCCACCCAAUGGACCUCUCUAAAUAUGCGAACGGCAAGAUUCCGUUUGCUGAGCCCAGUCACGCCCCUCCCCCGGCUGCACACAAGCCCACCCUUGGGUCUGCUCAGCGAGCCCCACCCCUGGCUAAACCAUCUCCUCAGUACCAAAAUGGCGAAAACAUCCACCUACCGGAGAUCGCAACAGACAGUGAGGACGAAGAUGACUCUGACUCGGAGAUGUUCCCUGUUCCCAAGUGGGCCCAGCCUAAGGAGCUGGAAGGUCUUUUGCGACAACAGGAUGGAAUGGAGGUCGAUUCGAUCUUCGGUCCCAUUGCACCUUUCUCCUUGGAAGAAACAUUCAAGGCAGACAAGAAGAUCAAGAAAUACCGUGACCGCACUAGCAGUGCCAAUUGGUCUGGUCCGGAUGGUCUUACGCAAGAGGAGAUUCACAAAGACCGCGCUGGCCGACAACGGCUUCGGAUGAACGGCGGUUGGUCUUUCAACACAUAG